AUGUCUCAAGCCCAUUAUGAAGCUGUUCGGUUCUCCACUGAUCGACCUUUUACAACGGGCGGAUCAAGACGAUGCUUCCUGCCUAUUCGCAUGCGUCAGCAACCCGCUCCACUUGAUACCAAAGUUUCUCAUCGAUUCUAUCAUCCGAAAGAAGAACUAGUUCAGCAAGUAACGCAUGAGCACAUUCUUACAAUUGGUGAUGAACUAUUGUAUCAAAUGGAAGUUAGUAACGAACGUCGUAUUCAACAAACCUAUCAGCAGCUAGUCGAUGCUGAACGACGACGAUUGGAGAACGAAUAUCGUUUGAAAACUGAUGAAAUCACUCGACAUUGGAAAGCGCAAAUGGAUGAAGAACGACGCCGAUUGAAAAAAGAAUUCGAUGACAUUCUCGCUGAUUACGAACGUCUACGUCGAGAAAAGAAUCGUGCUGAAGAAGAAGCGUUGAUUCAACGAAUGAGAAAAGAAUGCGAAGAAGCAUUAGCAAGACAAUGGAAAUUGGCUAAUGAACAACUUGCUAUAGCAGUCAAACAGGCAGAAGAUCGGUUACGUUCACUACUAGAAUUGGAGUUUCUCGAAGAAAAGAAACGAUUUGCUCAAGAAUUAAUCGCGAAAAAAGAUGCUGAAUACGCUGAACGAGAAUUGAAAGCUUUGGAAAAGUUACGAGCACAAUUAACUAAAGAACACACACAGGAUAUUGAAGCGAUCAACCAACGACAUGCAGAACAAGUCGCUGAAUUAAAUAAUAAAAUCAAAUUAGCUGAAGAACGUUAUCGACGCGAAUUUUCUUCCCGUGCUCGACUUGAAAGUGAUUUUCGCUUACUCCAAACUGACUACAAACGGUUCAUGGAUAAUAGUAAUGUUUUUCAUUCGGAUUAUAUGCUGAAAUUAUAUCAUAUCGGUGAACAAGUUGGAGAUGCAAAAUUUGAGAAAGUUCUCGAUCGUAUUUUAAAUGAAUCGAACAUCCAAAUGGUUCCGACUAAGCCAAUGAUACCUCAAGUUCGAAAACCCAAACAACCGCUGAAAUAA